AUGAGGCGAUCCAUGAUGUUCGAUUCAGACGACUCCGACGAAGAAUUGUCGAGCUUUCCAAGCUUUCUAGUGAACGACUCGAGCUUUCUUGGCAAAACGCAUGCAGAACAUCUGAAUGUGACUAUCUCGCCAACUGUUUGGAGGUCGCUUAGCUUGUUUCCUCCAGGGAUCAGCGUCCUUGAUACCACCACAGAGCCUACAGAAAAUCGCAAGUCCAAGAUCUGCGUUGCAGAAGCUAGCUCUCAAGAUCCGCCAAUGGCGGCCAAUAAAGUGCUGGCAAUGUCACAGGAAUCCAGGUUGUCGGAAUCGUUUGGUGGACUGGACAUGCUUGAAAAGCCAUCUGCACCCUUGACAUCCGAAAAGCGACAAGCCGGAACCCCAAGGUCUGCAACAACGGGUAGCAGGAUGCGAUUUUCUCGCGUUUUGGAUCACCAGCGGGAGAUCAAUGAGAGCGGAAAGAAGGAUAAAAAAGAAGCUGAGGAUGUUAACGACAAGUCCAAAGUGCUGUCAGAGAUGGAGAACAAACUCAAUGGAACUGUCGCAGCAUUGAAGAUGGAAUUGCAGGAACUGAAAGAUGAGCUGAAGGCACAGAGGUUGAUACAGAAGCAAACAUGCAAGACUAUGGAAGAAACGAAACGCCAACUUAGCAACGAGAUUCAUAUUCUUCGGAGCCAGCUCAAACACGUGCAAGAUAAAUCGAUGAUUCAAGAGCCACCAAGGCAAAUGAUACAAUUCUUCACCUCCUUGUUCUGA